CUGAAUAAUAGGUUUCUGAUGUGCUUGUUAUGCGUGACGGAUCGGCCUCAAGUGUCACGCAAUAAUUGUAACAGGAACAAAUAGAAAACUCUCUAAAAAACACGCUUCUUUCGCUAUGUCAUGGACGGCGACGAGAGCAAGAAUGAAGAACCUAUCGUCUCUGAUCUUACAGAGAAACAGAAGAGAGCUGUGGAGAAAAUACACCGGCAUUUGUCGAGAGAUUCGGUGCUGAGUGUUCGCACAGACGACGGCCAUCUUGAUCCUGGAGGCGAAAGCAUAAGCCCAGAAGACGCGGACGUUCUUAGACAGGUUGUACAGACCUUCCGUCACUUUCAGCAACGACGGAGUAUAGGGGAGAAUGCUGGGGAUGUGGUAGACGCCUGGAAGCAUUAUGACAGGCUCACAUCUAGUGAAAGUAUUGAAUACGAAUUCACUCAACAAAGUCGGUCAUCGCAGUCACGGUACGUUAGUCCGGGUAGAUUUUACGUCAAGCUAACGGAGGAGACAAAAAAAAUCGUUAAUGAAGUCCAUGAGAAAAUACAACGCCAGAGAACGUCUGUAGUUGAGCCACCAAUACAUUUGCGGCAUGUUGAUUUUGUAGAGAGCGAGCGACGAAGUUUCAAAGCGGAGAAAAAUUUCUUUGGACCAACACGUUACGAAUUUGUGCGCAACUUGAAACCUCGCACGCAUCUUAGCCCUACAGACAUCUGCAUCAAUUUUACCGAGGACCGAGGGAGGAAAACAGGGAGGCGUUACUCAUGGGAUGGUAACGCAAUCUAUGAUCAAAUAGCCGAGCGCAUUGUACAGGACUGGGAAUUACAAUAUAUUCCUUUACGGCACCUCCCCCCACUGGAGAAAUUUCGACAAGCGGCCAAGAAAAUUAUCAGAGAAAAUAGACACCUUCCCAAGAAACCAGAGCGGGACUAUAGCAAGCUAUGGGAAAAACGAGGCAAAGCAGGAUGGCUGGAUCUUCUUUUUACAAUUAUGGGAAUCGGUGCUUUUUUUGCUGACAGUGGCACCGACCUUAAGGUGGCAGCCGACCAUUUUUCCGCAGGGGAUUAUUGGUGGGGGGGUUUUACGGUGUUGCUCGUAGUAUCACCUGCUGUUAUUGUGAACCUUGUGUCGUUUUUCUGGUACAAGGAGGACGAGGGGACUGUUGAUAGAAAGCCUAUGCAUGGUUGGACAGUGGUGACGAUCACACAUCUCCUUCAGUUUGGGCUCCUAGAGCGGUACUUGUGCAUGUUGGUCCACACUUGGUGCAUUGUUCGCAAGAGAUUUACAAGUGUCCAUCACUACAAGCUCUACAUCGCCAUGAAUCUGGAUACAGCUAUGCUACAGAUGAUUCUUGCGUUCACAGAAGACGCCCCUCAGCUUGUUCUGCAGCUGUACGUGCUGAUCCGCCGUCGCCUUGUAGAGAAGCUGGUCGCGUCGAGCCUUCGCGAUCUUUGGACUAUAGCAUCCAUUAUCUUCUCUUUCUUAUCCUACUCUCGCGCGGUCGUUAACUACAUCAAAUGCCUACGAGACUCCAAGAAGAACAAGGGAAGACUUAAAUGGUAUGGUUACAUCGCCAUGUGGUUCUGGCGUGCAUUCAUGAUCAUCUCGCGCAUACUAACCCUCGUCUUUUUCGCCACUGAGUUCAAGUUGUAUUUCUUUCUUGUGAUGACUCUGCACGCGCUAUUUGUGUUUGCUUGUAUUUCCCAACAGAAGGUUGGGUUCUUUCCUGGUGAGCGCUGGAAGCAGCAUAUGAUUCGAAUUGUCAUAGCUUACAUUCAGAUCUUCUGCUUUUUCGUGCUGGAAGCUGGUAUAACGAUCCGUUGGGCAAUUCUCUACUAUGUCCUUGUCCUUAUAGAGGCACUCGUUUUCUCAAUAUUGUGGUACACAAACUUUGAGCACCAUUUACCAUUGGACGUGGAAAUUGCUGGUUUGGCCGUUAUUUUUGUUUUCUUUUUCGCGGGCGUUGCCAUGAUGGUGGUGUAUUAUAAAUUUCUUCACCCGAGAUUCAAGAGACCGCAAAAGCAUUGGUAUACCGAGCACAAGUCACCACCAAAAGAGGAACUCGAGAUAUGCGAGGAAGAAGAGGAAAGGAGGGAAGAAGAGGAAAGGAGGGAAGAAGAGGGGGAACAACACAUUGUUAACAACAAUUUAAACGAGCAACAGAAAAGUGAGGGGAGAGAACAAAAGCGAAGUAAAGAUCAUGGUGGUCAUGUCUAUAAACAAAUUGAAGUCUGGGUAUGAUUCAGAGGAAGUACAGGUGGCCUGGCGCGUCAGCCUCUCACCGCUGUGGCCCAGGUUCGAAUCCUGGCUCAAACUGGGGAUUUUUCCGGGUUCCUGCCUUGAUUCGAAUUUGUGUCACAAGUGAGUUGAAGUUAUUCUCCCGUGUUUCCAGUCUUCU